GAGAGGAAGUUAAAGAACAGGUUUAAUGUUUUAAAACUAGCUGGAAAGAUCUCUCGUCCACAUGCAUUCAGCAGGAUGGAUUACACACAAGGAGCAUGAUUUAAUUAGCAAACCCGUGAAAUCCGAGAGAGAAGUGUUUUAAUGUAUUUCUGCAUGGCAAUGCGACGUUAUUACUAAGCAAACAUGCUCGGGGUGAGAUGGGGACUCGCGUGUGCGCGCGAGCAGCAGUAACACCCAUCAACAGAUCCGGAUCUGACACGAUGACUGAGGAACUUCAGCAGUUGUGAGCUGGAGUCAGUCUGAUGCUGGAAUAAAAUCACCCAGCAAUGCGGAGAAAGCGAUAAAAAGUAACUGUGCGACUGCAUCACAGCACAACUUACACGUGCGAGCUGAAAAUGAGCAGGGCAGCUUGAAACGGAGCUCAUCCAUGAUGACCUGGUAGACUGUGAAUCUGUGGAGUGUACAGCCUGCACAGCCACGCACAGCAGAGAUGUACCAAGAGGUAGCUUUCCUAGCAGGCAGCACCGAUCAUCAGUUUACCUCCUUCCAUUUUAACCCUUUGGAGAGUCCACAUGAAAUCAGCAGCAAAAAGGGUGUGUUUUACAAACGCGCACAAUUGCAGUGCAAGCCCGGCGUACAGGAGGAUGAGGUGCUCCGGAAUCGAGGAUCUGGAGUGGACGAGGGUGCUUUAGUCGACCGCACCGCCAUCAUCAACGUGGGUGGCAUCCGUUAUAGCAUACCAUGGUCCACUCUUGAGGAGUUCCCAUUGACGCGUUUGGGCAAGUUACGCAGCUGCAGCAAUGCCGAGGAAAUCCUCGAUUUGUGUGAUGACUAUGACGCGCACUGCAACGAGUUCUUCUUCGACCGAAGCCCCAGCGCCUUCCGCUCCAUCGUCACGUUCCUGGCGGCCGGGAAGCUUCGUCUGCUGCGGGAGAUGUGCGCGCUCUCCUUUCAGGAGGAACUGUUGUAUUGGGGUGUGGAGGAGGCCAGUCUGGAGUGGUGUUGCUUGAGAAAGCUCCGUCUUCGGCAGGAGGAGCAGCGAGAGAGACUCCGGCAGGAGGAGGAAGAGGCUGAGCUGACCUCGCCCCAUUCCUGUGAGGAGGCGCCGGGCGUCGGGAGCCCAGAGGAGGGGCGUCUGGCUGGGUGCAUGCACAGCCUUAGAGAUAUGGUGGAGAACCCUCACUCCGGGAUUCCUGGGAAGAUCUUUGCCUGCCUCUCAGUGGUCUUUGUGGCCAUUACGGCAGUUACACUGUGCGUCAGCACCAUGCCUGACCUGAGAGAAGAGGAGGAGAGGGGCGAGUGCUCCCAGAGGUGUUACAACAUCUUUGUGCUGGAAACAGUGUGUGUGGGCUGGUUCUCCCUGGAGUUCCUGCUCCGUUUCAUCCAGACGCAGAGCAAGUGCAUGUUCUUACGCACACCCCUCAACAUCAUCGACGUGGUGGCCAUCCUGCCCUAUUACAUCACUUUGAUAGUGGACUCACUGUCCGUGAGCGACCGUCCCACCGGCUCAGGAAACAACUACCUGGAGAAGGUGGGAUUGGUCCUGCGGGUUCUUCGAGCAUUGCGGAUCUUCUACGUGAUGCGUUUAGCACGUCACUCUUUGGGGCUGCAGACGCUUGGGUUGACCGUACGUCGCUGCACUCGAGAGUUCGGACUGCUCUUGCUGUUCCUGUGUGUGGCCAUGGCACUGUUCUCCCCGCUGGUCUUCCUGGCGGAGAGCGAGAUGGGCGCCAAGCAGGAGUUCACCAGCAUCCCCGGGAGCUACUGGUGGGCCGUGAUUUCGAUGACCACGGUUGGAUACGGUGACAUGGUUCCUCGCAGCAUUCCAGGCCAGGUGGUAGCGCUCAGCAGCAUCCUGAGUGGAAUCCUGCUCAUGGCAUUCCCAGUCACAUCCAUAUUUCACACUUUUUCACGGUCCUACCUGGAGCUUAAAGAGGAACAGAAUCGGUCCACACGGCACAAGCCCGAUUCACAAGACAGCACCAAGUCCCAAAACAGUGAGGAUUCACAGGACACUGACAGUUCCUUACAUGGAAUCACAGAGACCGCUGCAGUUGUGCAUCACCGCAGAUCUGUGGCUGUGGCAGGUCAAGGAGCACCACAGGUCAGGAGAUCACUGAAGUCAUAAUGCAAACUGCUGACUGUAAGACUAAAAAAAAAAAAAAAACAUGUACAAAGACAUGCUACAGGUGAUCGGCCAUAAAUAGUACCUGUAUAAUCAGGUGACUUGACAAUGAUAGACUGGGAAAGGGAUGUUAAAAUGGACAGGUUUGUAUGUCCAAAGCACAAUUAUUGAAAGAGUUAGUUUAACCUAAAAUGAAUGUUCUGUCAUCAUUUACUAACCCGCAUGUUGUUCCAAAUGCGUAUGACUUUCUUCUUCCGUAGAAAACAAAUGGAAAUGUUCAGCAGAACGCUAAUUGUUUUUAUAUAAAGAAAGUGAAUGGAGACUGGAUCUAUAAACCCAAAAACACAUUUUUAAAAAGUGGUCCAUGACUCAUAUUAUUAUAUUCAAAGCUUUCCGAGGCCAUAAGGUAACUGUGUGAGAAAAUGAUGCACAGAGUUUCCCCUCCGUGUUAGCUCUUAAAUCUCAUUCUUGGUUGAAUAUUCAAAUGUGUCACACCAUGUUUGACAUCAGUGACAAGAUGCAACAUUGUUGUUGCAUAUAUCAUAACGCAUAUUGUACUGUUUGAAUAUGUUUAACUGGUCCAAGCUGCACACCUCCAAGUGGGAUUCGAACCAGUGUCUCCCGGCAUGGGUGGCGGGCACACUAACAAGGAUGCUAAAGACUGCAGCCUCUAGCACUGUGUGCCUCGAGGUUAGGGGAGUGAGGUUUACCUGCACAGAUAUCUACCACUUAGCCUCUGUUGCACUCACUGCCUAAACCUCACUCCCCUUAAUGUCAAGGCACCAAUGUAACUGGUCCUACAUGCACCAUUCUAAGAAGGAUUCGAACCAGUGUCAACUGGCAUGGGUGGUGGGCAUGCUAACAAGGAUGCUAAAACCAGCAACCCUUACCGUGCUUCUUGAGGCCAGGGUUGUGAGGUUGACCAGCACAGCUAACUAACAGCUUGCCUCAAUACACUAACUUUCUAAACCGUACUCCCAUUCGGGUCACGGCACCAAUUUCACUGAUCAUACUUGCACCACUAUCAAAGGGAGGUGGCAAGUUAACAAAGGAACAACAGUCCUUAAUGUGCUUCUUGAGGCCAGAAGAGUGAGGUUAACCUGCACAGCUCUUACUAGCUGGCCUCUGUUACAUUCACUCCCUAAACUUCAUUCCUAUUUGGGUCAUGGCACCAAUCUCACAGUAUGGUAGGCGGGCACUUUAACAAGGACACUAUGGAAAUGUCCACUUUUGUGCCUCUUGAGGUCAGGGGAGUGAGGUUUAUAUGUGCAGCUCUUACUAGCUGGACUCCAUAUACUAACCCCUCUAAAUUUCACCCCCAUCUAGGUCACAGCACCAGUGUAACUGGUUCCACUCACACCACUCUGAGAGGGAUUCAAACCAGCGUCAAUCAGCAUGGGAGGAGGGCACUCUAACAAGAACGCAGAAACCACUGGCCCUUAAUCUGUCUCUUGAGGCCAGGGGAGUUAAGUUUCCUGUGGAGAUCUUACUAGUUGGCCUCCGUUAUACUCACUCCUCUGAAUUUCACUCCCAUUUGGGUCAUGGCACCAAUAUAACUGGUCCUACUCGCAUCAUGCUGAGAGGGAUUUGAACCAGCAUCAACUGCACUGGAGGAGGGCACGCUAACAGGGACGCUAAAACCAGCGGCCCUUAAUAUACCUCUUGAGUGAGGUUUACCUGCACAGCUCUUACUACCUGGCAUCUGUCGUGCAUUUCUCUUAAACCUCACUCCCAUUCGAAAAAUGGCACCAAUAAAACUGGUCCUACUUGCACCGGUCCGAGUGGGAUUGGAACCAGUGUCAAAUGGCAUGGAUGGUGGGUUCACUAACAAGGACACUAAAAACUAGCUAGCCUCUUAAGGCCAGGGAAGAGAGGUUUACCUGCAUAGUUCUAUUUUACAUAUGCAGCAGUUCUAAAGAGAUUUGAGAGUUCAACUGCCUCUGUCCCCAUUCAUUUUCAUUGUAUGGAAAUGAGCGACAUGAACAUUUGGUUAAAUAUUUACUUUUGCGUUUCACUGAAGAAAGACAGUCAUAUGGGUUUGGAGUGGUAUGAGGGUGAAUGACGACUGAAUUUUCAUUAAGCUGGUGUUCCUGGUCGAUGGAUGCUCCUACCUGUGAAAACUGUAUGACUGUGAAGAUUGCCAUUUUAUUUUGCAUCCACCUUUAAGGUAAAAUGAGCUUUUCUCUGGUGUCAGAGGAUACAGUGUUACACUGUUCAAAACAGGCUAUUAAACUUUAAUUUACGCUCCUAUAUAGCUGAUUUGCAAUAACUAUGUUUAUGAAAACACAUUUACACACAUUUCUGUAUAGCUCUGCUUUUAGAUGCCAUAGUCUCAGGAUCUGCCGGUUGUAAUAAACAGUGAAAUACCCUUUAAAAGAAUAAAGGUUUCUUAUUUUCAAACUGUCUUGAGUGAUAGAUGGUUCGUAGUAUAUAUAGAUUCGAGUAAAAA